AUGUCAGGAUACUACCCAAUCACCAAGCCGGUUGUUCCUCCCAGCCAGGCCCCGAGCAAGCCAUCACUCUACAACAAGCCAGCAGAGGGCGUUCCCUUUUUCACCCCGGAGCAGUCACCCAUCUCAGGAACGGCUUUCGACCCCCAGCCCAACGGCAAGGCUAUCCCGAAGGUCUUCACCCCCAUCAAAAUUCGAGGCGUAACCUUCCAGAACCGCAUUUUCCUCUCCCCUCUCUGCCAAUACUCUGCCCUCGACGGUUUCCAGCAGCCAUGGCACACCGCUCACCUCGGCGGCAUCAUCUCCCGGGGGCCAGGCCUAUCUAUCGUUGAGGCCAGCGGGGUCCAGGCCAGGGGCCGGAUCACCCCCGAUGAUCUGGGUAUCUGGACCGACGCGCACAUCCCAGGGCUGGCACAGAUCGUCCAGUUCGCCCACUCCCAGGGCCAGAAGGUCGGCAUCCAGCUCGCACACGCCGGCCGCAAAGCCAGCACCGUGCCCCCCUGGCUCAGCUUCGGGGCCGUGGCCGACAAGGACGUCAACGGCUGGCCGGACGACUGCGUCGCGCCGAGCGCCCUGGCCUACAACGACGACCACUGCCAGCCGCGGGAGAUGUCGCUCAAGGAGAUCGAGGAGCUCAGGGCCGACUUCGUCCGCGCCGCGGUGCGGGCCGUCGCCGCCGGCUUCGACGUGGUUGAGCUGCACAACGCGCACGGGUACCUGCUCCACCAGUUCCUGUCCCCGGUCUCCAACAAGCGGGCGGACAAGUACGGCGGCAGCUUCGAGAACCGGGUGCGGCUGACGCUGGAGAUCGUGGAGGGGAUCAGGGCCGCCAUCCCCAAGGAUAUGCCUCUCUUCGUCCGCAUUUCUGCCACCGACUGGCUCGAGGAGGUCCCCGAGUUCCCCGAGAGCUGGACGGUCAAGGAUAGUGCCAAGCUGGCCGCUCUGCUGGCUGAGCGUGGCGUGGACCUUCUUGACGUUUCUUCUGGCGGUCUGCACCCAGCUGCCAAGGUCAAGGGUGGACCAGGAUAUCAGGUUCCGUUCAGUAAGGAGAUCAAGGAGGCCGUUGGUGAUAAGUUGCUGGUUUCCGCGGUCGGGAGUAUCAGAGAGGGCAAGCAGGCAGAGCAGAUCCUGACAGCGGACACUCCUCUAGACGUUGUAUUUGUUGGAAGAAUGUUCCAAAAGGACCCCGGGCUGGUCUGGACCUGGGCCGAUGAGUUGGAGAUCUCGAUCAGCGUGGCCAACCAGAUCGCCUGGGGCUUCGGUGGAAGGGCCUCACGGCCUUCGAGAAAGUUAGAAAACCUCCCAUGA